AUGAGCUAUAGACAGUUCUCCUCUUCCUACCGGACCCGCAGCAGCUGCGGGGGCGGCGGGGGCAGCGGGGGCAGCAUGAAGUCCUCCUUCAGCCACCUCAGCUCCUCGGGGGCUGGCGGAGGCGGGGGCCGGUUCAGCUCUUCGAGCGGCUAUGGUGGGGGCAGUUCCCGCGUCUGUGGGGGUUUCGGCUCCAGCUAUGGCGGGGGAGCUGGGGGCGGGUUUAGUUCUGGUAGCGUAAGCGGUGGCUUCGGGGGUGGCUCCAUGUGUUAUGGUUCUGUUUCUGGAGGGGGCUAUGGUGGUGGGUCUGGGGGCUUUGGAGGGGGCUAUGGCGGUGGGUCUGGGGGCUUUGGAGGGGGCUAUGGCGGUGGGUCUGGGGGCUUUGGAGGGGGCUAUGGCGGUGGGUCUGGGGGCUUUGGAGUGGGAUACGGUGGUGGUGCUGGUGGCAGUGAUGGUGGCAUUCUGACCACUGAUGAGAAGUCUGCCAUGCAAAACCUCAACUCCCGGCUGGCUGCCUACUUGGAUAAGGUGCAGAAAUUAGAAGAAGAAAACAAGACCCUGGAGGGUAAGAUCCAGGACUGGUAUAAAAAGCAGGGAUCUGACGUCUCCCAGAGGAGCUACUCCCAUUACCAUGACACGAUGGAUGAUAUCAAGAACCAGAAUGUGGACCUGACAGUGAACAACAACAAGACUCUUCUGGACAUCGACAACACUCGCAUGACGCUGGAUGACUUCAGGAUGAAGUUUGAGAUGGAGCAAGGCCUUCGGCAAGGGGUGGAGGCCGACAUCAAUGGCCUGCGGCAGGUGCUGGACAACCUGACCAUGGAGAAGUCUGACAUGGAGAUGCAGUUUGAGACUCUGCAGGAGGAGCUGAUGGCCCUUAAGAAGAAUCACCAGGAGGAGAUGAGCCAGUUGACUGGGCAGAACAGUGGCGAUGUCCAUGUGGAGGUCAAUGUGGCUCCCAGCAAGGAUCUCACCAAGAUCCUCAACGACAUGCGCCAGGAGUACGAGCACCUCAUCGCUAGGAACCGAGAGGACAUCGAGAAGCAGUAUGAAUCCCAGAUCAGCCACAUCGAGCAGGAGGUGUCCAGCAGUGGCCACGAGAUGCAGUCCAGUGCCAAGGAGGUGACCCAGCUCCGGCACAAUGUCCAGGAGUUGGAGAUUGAGCUGCAGUCUCAGCUCAGCAAGAAAUCAGCCCUGGAGAGCACGUUGGAAGAUACAAAGAACCGCUACUGUGGCCAGCUGCAAAUGCUCCAGGAACAGAUCAGUAACCUGGAGGCCCAGCUCGCCGAGAUCCGGCAGGAGAUGGAGUGCCAGAGUCAGGAAUACAACCAUCUGCUCCACAUCAAGACGCGGCUGGAGAAAGAGAUCAAGACCUACCGUAGCCUCCUCGAGGAAGGCCAGGAAGACUUUGAAUCUUCCGGAGCUGGAAAAAUUGGCUUUGGAGGUGGCCAAGGAGGUCAAGGAGGAAGUGGCUCUCGAGGUGGAAGUCAGGGAAGAGGAUCCAAGGGAGGAAGUGGAGGCUAUGGAGGAGGAAGUGGAGGCUAUGGAGGAGGAAGUGGUUCUGGAGGAGGAAGUGGAGGCUAUGGAGGAGGAAGUGGAGGCUAUGGAGGAGGAAGUGGAGGCUAUGGAGGAGGAAGUGGUUCUGGAGGAGGAAGUGGAGGCUAUGGAGGAGGAAGUGGUUCUGGAGGAGGAAGUGGAGGUGGCCACAGUGGAGGAAGUGGAGGUGGCCACAGUGGAGGAAGUGGAGGUGGCCACAGUGGAGGAAGUGGAGGUGGCCACAGUGGAGGAAGUGGGUCCAAGGGAGGAAGUGGAGGCAGCUAUGGUGAAGGUGAAGAAGGAAGUGCAUCCAAAGGAGGAAGUGGUGGCGGCUACGGAGGAGGAAGUGGGAAGUCAUCCCAUCCUUCUUCCUCAAAGUCUGGUGACUAUGACGAAUCGAAAGAUGAAGUGCGACUUAUCUCCUGGGGCUACUGUGCAGAGGGUGAGGAGAAGUCUGUGAGGAGGCAGGACAGCUGGCAGGUGUCAGUUGUGGAGGACUUGCUGGCAGUCACUUUUGUGUUCAAUGACACCAGCCUCUGCUUCUCCACAUUUGUGUUCAAUGACACCAGCCUCUGCUUCUCCACGGAGAAGUGA